AUGGAAGAAAACAACCAAGAGGCGGUGAAGACGAUGGUUUCAUCACAACAACCAGAUACGCAACUCACCAAUGUUGUUGUGAAACAGUACUCUCCUCCGGAUGACUUAGAAACCUUCUACGUCAAACUCACUGACUUGUUGGACUCUUCUGGUUUCACUCUCAUUUUGAAUGUCCGGGAAACAUGCUUAGACUUGUACCAGUUUUACUUGGAAGUCACCAAAAGAGGAGGUUAUCACCAGGUUGGUAAAGAAAAGAAAUGGGGUGAAAUAGUGUCUGAUCUAAAACUGGAAGGAAACAAUGCAAAGUUACCUGCUUCUCAAACUCCAACUCCCACCACCAAAGGUUCAGCUAAAAGGAAGCAGAGCUCAACCACUAGUUUAUCUCAAUUUGUGGAUGAUGAAGAUUAUCAGACAGCGGCAAUGAUAUCCAACGACUACCCUAUCAAAAUGACAGCAAUACCUGAAGUGCAACUACAAACACCAUCAAAGGACAAAGAAAAGAAGAAAAAGCGAGGUGUUCCAAUAGGACGAAGUGGAUAUCAAAUUUUCCUCAUGCAGGAAUGUGCACGAUUAAAAGCUUCUCGUCACGAUAUAGAUGGCAAAACAGUCAUGCGCAUGGCUGUCGAUGGAUGGAAUAACUUGUCAGACAUUGAUAAACAGCCAUAUUUGGAAGAAAGCAAGAAGAUAAAGGAACAAAAGAAGGAAGCAAUGAUCACUGAAAAUAAUAAACAGAAGAGCACUCAAGAUCUUAAGAAGGAUGAAAAGAAGCCUAAUCUGUGCUGUGGUGACUACUACUCUGUAACUUUGCAACCUCAAGCAAAUAACCCUCUUGUCAACAAUGCAGCAGUGGAUUUGGCUUCUAAAAUGACAGAAAAAACAUCCAAGGACCCCUUCUUCCCAUUUGAUUUGGAUGCUUAUUGUUCGGUAGAUUUGCUAACUGGGACAGCAACCGGAGAACCCAAAUAA